CACGAACACAGUUGUAGUGUAGGAGAACAUCAAUGUGUUUAAUUUGAAGAAGUUGAUUGAAUAGAAGUUUUUAACACCUAAAAAUCUCUUAAUUUAGUUGAGUUUAAAUAAAAUUAAAGUGAUACUAGUCAUUUAUAAUUAUUAAAAUGACCCAAAAGGUUUUAUUUGUAUGCUUAGGUAAUAUCUGUCGUUCUCCCAUCGCUGAAGCUGUUUUUCAAAAUUUAGUGAAUCAAAAAGGCCUUUCAAAUCAAUGGGUGGUUGAUAGUGCAGCUAUAGGCCCAUGGCACGUUGGAAAACAACCUGAUCAUAGGGCUAGACAAAUUUUACAAAAUCAUAAUAUUCCAUAUAAUGGUAGGGCUCGGCAAAUAGAAAAAAAAGAUUUUAAUGAGUUUGAUUUCAUUUUUGGUAUGGAUGAAGAAAAUAUAUCUGAUUUGCAUAGUAGAGCACCAAAAGAUAGUAAAGCAAAAAUUUUACUUCUUGGAGAUUUCGAUCCCGAAGGAGAUAAAAUUAUUAGAGAUCCAUAUUAUGAUGAUGGAUCUGAAGGUUUUGAAAAAUGUUAUAAACAAUGUUUGAGAGCUUCCGAAGGCUUUUUAAAACAACAUAUAAACUAAAUUCGUAUUCAAUUUGCCCCACCUGUAACUUUAUUAUUAAAUUUUUCAACAUAAA